UCGAUUUGGCAACGUAGCUGCCAAUUUCAUGUAACAGAUUCGAUAGUUUAUUCUCCAUAUGUACCCAGAAAAAUAUAUGAGUAUUCACAACAGAAGAGUUAAGACUGAAUUAGAAGAAAUGGGACAAGAUAAUGAUAUGAUAUCAUUUGACUAUGAUGACCAGCAUACAAUUGACGUGCAGUAUACUGAAAAUAUAAAGACUGAAGAUAUAAAAACUGAAGAUAUAAAGACUGAAGAUGUUCAGAUUGAUAACAUAGAUAUUGUUGACCAGUUCAUUGAUGAGAAUGGAAUAAGACCGUCCAAUGGAUAUGAAUCAGGUGAAAUGAAAGGAGAUUAUAGUUUGAAUGAAAGAAAUACUUUUGAAUAUGUUGCAGAAAUUGAAGCCUUGAGCAGUGAACAUAAGUCAUCUAAUAAAUAUCAGAUUAGGAAUUAUAUGGAUGCUGUUCCUUCGAAUGAACAAAAACAAAAAUGUCUAGUAUGCGAGUAUAGAACAAAUGACAAGACACAUUUAAAACGGCAUUUUGAUGAGGUUCAUUUGAAUAUACGAAAACAUAAAUGUGAGUUUUGUGAUUAUUCAGUUAAACGGAAGGAAGAACUCAAAAAUCAUGUAAUGUCUGUUCAUUUGAAUAAACGAGAACAUAAAUGUCAUCUGUGCAACUUUGCCUCAGCUUAUAGAUACAACCUCAAAAGGCAUAUAGUUGAAGUUCAUUCGAAUAAACGAGAACAUAAAUGUGAGUUUUGUGAGUAUGCUGCAAAACAUAAGGAAGUACUUGAAAAACAUAUAAAGGCUGUUCAUUUGAAUGAACAAAAACUUAGAUGUCAUCUGUGCAAUUUUGCUUCAGCUUAUAGACAGAGCCUCAAAAGGCAUAUAGUUGAAGUUCAUUCGAAUAAACGAGAACAUAAAUGUCAUCUGUGCAACUUUGCCUCAGCUAAUAGACAGAACCUCAAAAGGCAUAUAGUUGGAGUUCAUUCGAAUAAACGAGAACAUAAAUGUGAGUUUUGUGAGUAUGCUGCAAAACAUAAGGAAGUACUUAGAAAACAUAUAAAGGCUGUUCAUUUGAAUAAACAAAAACUUAGAUGUCACCUGUGCAAUUUUGCUCCAGCUUAUAGACAGAGCCUCAAAAGGCAUAUAGUUGAAGUUCAUUCGAAUAAACGAGAACAUAAAUGUGAGUUUUGUGAGUAUGCUACUGAACAACAGGAAGUACUUGAAAACCAUAUUGAGGCUGUUCAUUUGGAUAAACGAGAACAGAGAUGUCACUUGUGCAACUUUUCUUCACCUUAUAAAGAGAGCAUCAAAAGGCAUAUAGAUGCAGUUCAUUCGAAUAUGAACGGAAAGGAAGGAGUCGAUAAGGAAAUGAAUGUUAUUGGCUUCAAUAAACGAGAAAAUAUGUGUUCACAUUUUUAACUACUCAUACUCAUUAUCACAUUCAUACUCGCAUACGACUAUGCUUCAGUUAAAAAAGAAACCAAAAAAAGCAUUAAAAGGAUUCAUUCUAAUGUAAAAAAACUUGAAUAUCACCUGUACAAGUUCACUGUAGUUGGUAACAAAAUUGUCAUGUGGAAAAUAAGGAACUACCUCCAGCACCUGAUGAUAUUGACGAUUCAGAAUUCAAUAAUUUGUUCGUGACGAAAAAUGUACCUGAUAUACCUCUCAACAAUCAGAGUGUGAAUAUCAACGCUUGCAGCAGAGAAUUAAUUAAAAGUUAUUUUAUCAAAUUAAUAAUUCAUAUUCUUAAAUGAACCCAUUUUAGUUAUUUAUUCUUAUUUCAAUUAAAUUGUGUACAACUAUUUCUUCAAAAUUAAUUCAUAAGCAUUAAUGUUCUUAAAUAAACAAUCUAUU